AUUGAAGUAGACUUGUGUGUUAGUUAUGUCAUUUGUCACCUGGUCAGUCACGUGAUCAGUGAGCUAAUUAGUGCCUUACUGGCAUUCUACCCGUCCUAAAUGUCAUGGUUUGCCUAGUGCGGUAGUGUGUUUAACCUACCGGGAGGGGAGGAGGGAUUUCACCCUAAGAGGAUUGCGGCGAUAGUUAGCUGCCCACUGGCUUUGUCAAGGCAUGCCGGUUUGCCGGUUGGAGUCCAACGGACAACAACGCGGUACAGUUUUCCUCCCAGAAACUCGGCAACGAAACCGGUUGGACUUGAAAUGAUGCAUAUCGUAGCAGCGCAAAAUCAAUCGUGACAGUCCAAGAUGACCUAUGGUAGAUUUCACAUGGUGGGAGCGCAUGGAAAUCCUUCACCGGGAGUGCAUCAGUACCAGAGAGCAGUCUCUUGAGGGAGUUAUUGCUGACAGGCGGCUCCCGAUAUGAAGACCAGACCCGCGGGGAUCGGCAAUGUCCAUGCCGACUGGAUGGGUUCGCUCCCCUCCAAGCUCAGUGCCAUGCCCCUCAAACAUCUAGCGGUGCCAGGCUCUCACGACUCUUUCACUUUUUGGGUGGAUGUGCAUGCUCCCGUGGGCCCCGAUCAAAAGGUUUAUGUUAAGUAUCUGGCUACCAUGUUCAGUGUCUUAGCCAAGAAAGUCAUGGUGAGGUGGUCCAUGACACAGAACCUGACUUUUAAGGAGCAGCUGGAUGCAGGAAUUCGCUACUUUGACCUCAGGGUGUCUGCAAAACCAGGCGAGCCUGGAAAUGAAAUCUAUUUCAUUCAUGGCCUCUUUGGACACAAGGUGAGGGACGGCCUGUUAGAAAUCAGCUCCUUCCUGGUCAGACACAGGAAAGAGGUGGUGUUCCUGGACUUUAACCAUUACUAUGCAAUGGAGGCAGAGCACCACGUUUACCUCAUCAGCAUGCUCCAAGAAGUAUUUGGCAGCAAACUGUGCAAUAACUGUGCGGUGGAGAACGUCACUCUGGACUAUCUCUGGGAGAAGAAAUACCAGUCACUGUGGAUGAAGACUGUUCUGGUGAUUGUGUUCUACCAUCAUCCUUCAGCCCAAGGCGUUCCUGUCAUGUGGCCUGGCAACAAGAUCCCUGCUCCCUGGGCAAACACCACUGAGCCCAUCAAGCUCAUAGAGUUCCUGGAAACUACGCUGAAGGAAAGAGACAAGCAGGGUUCCUUCCAUGUAUCCCAGGCCAUCCUCACUCCCACUGUCAACACUGUGGCUAAGGGGUUGCUCUGGGGCCUACGCAGCUACUUGGUGGAGAGAAACCUGCCAACCAUCAUGUCCUGGGUUGAGGCUCAGAGGCCAGGGGUGGACGGAGUCAACAUCAUCACCUCGGACUUUGUGGACCUCACUGAUUUUGCCAACAUUGUAAUCAAGCUAAAUAACCUGCUGUUGUCUGAACAGAACCGCAAACCAAGAUGACACACGUUUUCAUACCAGGAAGACUGACAUGGUGGCUUUGAGUCUAGUGGCAGAUUUUCCCUGCCUCUCUUUUUAUAUUGUUCACAAAUGGCUCUGGUGCUGCUGGUAGAGCUUCAGUGUAUUUGCUUAAGGACACUCAGCAUUAAGAUGUGCAGGGAUGGACUCUGUAUGAGCUUGGGUCCUCUAAAAUAAAGCCUUUCAAUUUUUAAGGAGCUCGUCAGCUAACUUUCAGUCUUAGUUUUGGUUGUAGAUGACUUUCUUAGCCUCAGUUCUAUGAAGACAGUCCAAAAGAGGGAAAGAAGUGAGAGCUCAGAUGAGAGAAAACCAGGCAUGCCCAGCUGCAUUUUUUUACCAUCUUCAUAAGGCAGACGGAGUCGUGUCAUGCUGGAGUUCUGGCUGCAUCUGCAGAUUCCUUUUUCUGCUUUCCCUUUUGAGGGAAAGCUAGAAAUACAUCUCAUAUUUGCUACUAAAUGGGACUGCCAAGCAGGUCACCAGAUUGGUAGCUGCUGUACAUUUUCCCUUGCAUGAUUAUAUGACUUUUAACCUCUCAGGUGCUUAUGUGGAAGUUUAUUUGGAUGGUUUAUCAAUAUUACAGAUGUGAAUUUGGUUUAUUUGUAUUUUUAAAUGGUCUUAUGAAAUUACUGACUUUGUAAGUUAAGAUAAGAGACAGAAUUGCAUGUUAAUAUGCUGCCUGUAGUCAUUUUAGCCACUAUUGUAUGAACAGCACACAAGGGAUUAGGAUAGCUUCUUUGUUUGUUUAUAAGAUAAACUCUGUGUGAAAAGAAAUGAUUGCAAUGGAACUCAUUUGUAUUUCCAACAUACUAAUGAUUGUUGAAACUGGACCAGUGAGUUAGGGUUGGCUUAUUAAAUGUAGACUUGGUAUUUUUCCAGUAAUUAAAUGAACUUGAGGGGAAAAAAACACAUACUUAAAUUUUUUCUUGGUAUUUUUAUUUAUAUGUUAAGCAAUGCCAUUUUUUUUUAAUGAAAGAGAAGCCAGCUGCUCUCUCAUUACUUACUGAAUUUAACAAGCAAUGCAGACUAUGGCACCUUUAGGAGGACUGCAUAGGAAAAGCCCAGUAUGGGUGGAAAUUGCGCCGCAGUUCCCACAAAACACAUACAGAUACACACAAAUAGCUAUAUAUCUUUAUGUUUAUCGUAUUUUCCCCCCUUGGUCUGUUUCCUCUUACAGUGCUUAAAUGUGCAGAAAUAGAACUAGUCUCCCAAUAAAUGUAUGUUGGAAAG